AUGGCCGAUGCUCCUGCGAGUCCUGGUGGUGGAAGCCAUGAGAGUGGAGACCAGAGUCCCAGGUCGAAUGUUAGAGAACAGGAUAGGUAUCUCCCGAUCGCGAAUAUCAGUCGGAUCAUGAAGAAGGCGCUUCCGGCGAAUGGGAAGAUUGCCAAGGAUGCGAAGGAGACUGUUCAGGAGUGCGUGUCAGAGUUCAUCAGCUUCGUCACCAGCGAGGCAAGUGAUAAGUGCCAGAGAGAGAAGAGGAAGACGAUUAAUGGGGAUGAUCUGUUGUGGGCAAUGGCGACUUUAGGUUUUGAAGACUAUAUUGAUCCUCUCAAGGUGUACUUGACGAGAUACAGAGAGGGUGACACCAAGGGAUCCGCAAAGGGGGGAGAUGGGCCUGCCAAAAAAGAUGGGGUACAACCUAGUCCUAAUGCUCAGCUCGCCCAUCAAGGUUCAUUUUCACAAGCUCUGAACUAUGGGAAUUCUCAGUCGCAAGCUCAGCAUAUGAUGGUGCACAUGCAAGGAACAGAGUAG